AUGAACUAUGAGAUUUCCAAAGUUGCAAAUACGAGGCACAUAAUUAUACUCGGUGAUCUCAACAGUCGAACAGGAAGAAGACAUAAUGAUGAUAUAGUCGGCCCUUAUGGGGGAGACGUCACGAAUGAUAACGGGACCAGACUGAUCACUCUCUGCGACCAAAAUAAGCUUAAAAUUACCAACGGGUUCUUUCAGCAUAAGGACAUACAUAAAUAUACACGGAAACAAAAAACAAGAAACCUAAGAUCAAUAAUAGACUAUGCAAUCAUAAGACAAAAAUCCAGCUUAGAUAUUCAAGACGUGAAAGUGUAUAGAAGUGCCACCUGUGGAAGCGACCAUCAUCUGUUCAGAGUUGGAAUUAGAAGACAACAUGGAAAAAAACAUCAGGUUGAAAGUAUAAGAACGGCAGAAGAAAAAAGAUAUUAUCUGAUGAGUUUGGAACAGGAGAGUGCGAAGAAACUUUAUAAACAGAGACUUGAUGAGAAGCUGGGACAUGCCCACCACAAUAACCCCGAAGACCUAUAUCAUCACAUCAAAGAAAACAUUCAUGCCGCAGCAAAAGAAGCUCUAGGUUUUGUGGAAAAUAAUGCUAAACCAACUCCUUACUGGUGGGAUGAAGAAAUAGAGGACGAAAUAAAAAUAAAGAGGAAAAAAUAUCGACAGUACUUGAACACGAAAAGGCAGAGAGAUUGGACAAAAAAGCGAGCUGAAUUUGAAAUCGAAGAUUCAUCCCAGUAUGUGCGAGUCCAAGCCUCCCCCAUUAGAAUAUCAAGAAAAGAAGUGAAGGAUAUAUGUCUCUCGUUAAGAAACGGUAGAUCACCAAGACCAGGUGGUAUCCCAGCAGAACUCAUAAAAAACGGCACAGAAAAACUGUACGAAGAACUCAAGACCUUAUUUCAAUAUUGUAUUAGUGGACAAGAUAUCCCAAAAGAAUUCGGAACUUCCUUCAUUUCUACAAUCUACAAAUCAGGAAAUAAAAACGACUGUAAUAUAUAUAGGGGAAUAGCGGUCAUGAGCACGAUUAGUAGAAUAUAUGGAAGGAUACUGAAAAAUAGAAUUGAAAGAGAAUACAGUGAUUUAGAAGCCGAAGAACAGGCAGGUUUCAGAGCCGGAAGAUCCAUUACAGAUCACCUCUUCUGUUUAACUCAGAUCAUAGAAAAGAAAGUAGCAGUAAACCAAGAGCUACACAUUUUAUAUGUAGACUUGAAAAAAGCCUACGAUAGCAUCCCCUAA